AUGGCCUCAAAAGCUGAGAAGUCCAGCGACAGUGCUGUGAAUAUUAUUUUCAUCGGAGCUGGCGCCGUCGGCUGUUUUUAUGCCUCCCGUCUACACCACCCUGACCGCAACAUACACGUCUCACUGGUUGCAAGGUCGAACUACAAAGCUAUUAACGAGUCCGGCGUGAAGUUGCAAACCCAUUCUUUCGGAGACUACGUUUUCACGCCUCAAACAGCCUUUCCGUCUGUCGAGGCUGCAGCGGCAUUGAACCGGGCAGGAUCGACGUCCCAGUGGGACUAUGUUUUCGUGACGACGAAGGCGCUGCCGGACCGCUCCGAUGACUCCGCCAUGAUUGCUCCUCUUAUAAGUCCCGCGUCCUGUAUAGUACUGAUACAGAACGGCGUCGGGGUUGAAGAACCGUUCCGUAAACGAUUCCCCAAAAACCCCAUCGUAAGCGCCGUGACGGUUGUUAGCGCGGAGCAGACGUCCCCUGGCGUGAUCCGACAGAAUCGCUGGACUAGAGUUAGCAUCGGUCCGCAUACGAACGGUCUCGGUACAGGCGAUAUUGAACUCGGCCAGUUAGGUACGCGGGCUGUUGAGAAUCUCUGCAAGUGGUGGGGGCCUGGCUGGGGUGAUAUACGCGAUAUAGAGCCGCACGACGAGGUUGGGCUGCAAACGGUGCGAUGGCAUAAGCUCUGCAUCAACGCGGCCUUCAACCCGAGUGCAGUGCUCAGCGGCGGUAGGGGCAACGCUGAUAUGGUGACAGACCCGGAACUGCGAGAGCAUGUAGUAGGUGUCAUGAACGAGAUCAGGGCAGCGGUGCCCAAAAUCUUGGGCCGCAAAUUUCCGGAUGAUCUGGCCAAGCCGGAUCGGAUUGUCAAAAGCACAGAAAGGAACACUGGAGCCAGGCCGAGUAUGCUGCUGGAUUGGGAAGCUGGCAGGCCCCUGGAGCUCGAGGUGAUUCUCGGCAAUCCGGUGAGAAUAGCGCGGGCUCAUGGGGUAGAGAUGCCACGACUACAAAGCCUCUAUGCGCUUCUCAGAAGCGCACAGAAGAGCCGCGAGGAGAGAACCAUAAAGGGAAAAUUGUAG